AUGCCCUUUCAAAUUCCAACUUGUUCAUCAACUUACGGUCAACAAACAAUGAUAAAAGUAGAAACAACAAAACAUCGAAAUAACAAAGAAAACAACAAAGAAGACGAACAAAACAAAAAAGUUUUGAACAAAACAAACAUUUUCAAUGUUGAAAAACUUGAAACUUUAAAAACAACGCCUAUUUCUUCGCCUUGUUUUCCAACAUCUUUUUAUUCAAAUAAAACAUUGUUUUCCCUAAAUCAACAAAUGUUUUCUUCAUUUUUGUUGUUUAUUGUUUUGUUUGUUUUAUUUUUGCCUGUUCAGAUUGAGGCACAAAGCAAUGGAAAGUGUUAUUCAUUCGCUCCUGGCCUUACAAUUCUUGGAGCUGAUUAUCGUAGAGAUUUUGGAUUGUCACGUAGACAAUGUGCGGAUGUAUGCAAAACCGAUGUUUGCUGUAUGGCCUUUGAAUGGCAACGUGUUGGUGGACAAUGCACGCUUAAAAGUCGGUCAUUGAAUGGGACAGUUGUGAAUUUGGGAAUUAGUAAUGGGAAUGAAAAUGCUGAAAAGUCUAAUGACGGGAAGGAUUUGCUCUUUGCUUUGUGCUUGGAUUAUGGUAAUUAUUUUAAUUAA